CGUAGUUCCUCUUUGAGAUGAACAAAAACUUCUUAUUCUCUGACUCAGUUUUUCUGUCGUCCAUUUCAUCUGUUCAGCAGAUACUGAGAGGAUGAGGCAUCUGAAGAUUCUAGCACCGCUCCUCUUCCUCUCRCUGAUCCAGGGUCAGACGGUGAACGGGGAUGACGGGAGGCCGACCUGCAGGCGCUGUGACCUCCAUUACGCCUGUAACUGCUCCUACAGUGGGUUCACCCGCGUUCCCAUGGUAACAGACCAAGCKCUGAGCCUUGAUCUCUCCUUCAACAACAUCACCACGGUGACCCAAGAUGACCUGAUGGGACACUCACGGCUAACGCUUCUGGAUCUCCAUGCUAACRGGUUAGCUGAGAUCCAUCCGUCAGCGUUCGCCUCUCUGUGGAGCCUGGAGGAGCUGGAUCUGUCUGACAACCAGCUGACGGUUCUCAAMMCCAAGUGGUUCAACRAGCUGGAGCUGCUGAAGCAUCUCAACCUGCUCAACAAUCCGUACGGYUUUCUCGGCUCCCCUUCGUUGUUUCUUGGACUUUCCGGACUGAGAAGGCUGAUGUUUGGAGGUCCAGAUCUGAAGGAGCUGAGGAGAGAYGACCUAUCAGGAGUCACCCACCUGGAAGAGCUUACUGUUCACGCCAACAAUCUGGACAGAUACGACUCUGGUACGUUUGGGGACAUUUGGCCUCUGGGUCGUGUCACUCUGAGUCUUCACGGCCCGUUUUUAACAAACCCUGCRUUGGCUGCAGCUGUGCUCAAUGAUGUGUGCUACCCUGAAACUCKGCUCACUCUGUCAGACCUCCACCUGGCUCAUUAUGUGUCUGUUCAACCUUUUAAAGAUUCAAUCAACAUGAUCAGAUAUCUGUCUCUCCGUAAUGUGUCGCUGUCUGAUGAAGCCUGUGUCUCUAUGCUGGCACUGRUAGAUGGAGUCCCGCUCAGAUCCCUCUCCAUUGUGGGUUUAACUCUGACAGGCGAGGGCAGGUGGGUAACGGCUAACCGGACAGAUCUGAGUAGCAUGGACGAGUUCUUUGCCAGUGACGUCACAAUUUUAGACAUUUUGAAGUUUGCCAUGGUUUCAGAAAUGCAGUAUCUGUUGCAGUACCAGAAGAAGCUCUCCAUUAUUAACGCAAAGKUGUUCCUGUUAUCCUGUUACUUAACCAAGAUGAUGGUGAACACAUUAUACUUGGAUGUGUCCGAUAAUCUGCUGACCGACCCGACUCUUUCUUACAUGCUGUGUGACAGCGAAGAAACCCUCCAGGAGCUCCGAGUUUUAAACAUCAGCGGAAACCCUCUGAAGUCUUUGUCCACGUUGAGUCGUCUGGUCACCAAACUCACCAAGCUCACCCAGCUGGAUGUUAGCAAAACCGGCUACAACUCCAUGCCCCSCAGUUGCUCCUGGCCGUCCACUCUGAGGUACCUGAACAUCUCCCGGGCUAAGCUAACCAUCGUCACUCCCUGUCUUCCAAAGUCUCUGGAGGUGUUGGAUUUAAGCUAUAAUGACCUCAAAGACUUUGUGUUGACAAUGCCAAUUCUGAGAGAGCUCUACCUUUCUGGGAACAAGUUCCUGAGGUUACCAGCAGGGGGUUCAUACCCCAAUYUGCAAACACUCACKAUACAGUCAAACACCUUGAACGCGUUCAGCCUUUCAGACCUUCAGUCAUACAGACGACUUGAGAAACUCGAGGCAGGAUACAACAAGUUUGUUUGCUCAUGUGAAUUCGUCACAUUCCUCCGCUCACAACUAACRGGAAGUGGAGAUGUGAAAAUAACAGAYAAACAUCAGACCUAUGUCUGUGACUYCCCUCUCUACCUGCAGGGGGAGGCAGUGAGUCAAGUUAGCCUCUCCAUCAUCCAGUGCCAGCCGGUUUUGUUUGUGUCUGUUAGCUGUGGGGCCGCACUGCUUCUUGGGAUACUGGUUGCUGGCCWGCUUUGGCGAUGCCACGCAUUCUGGUUCCUGAAGAUGACCUGGGCAUGGCUCAAGGCCAAGAGAAGUUCCCAACGACGACGGCAACACAGAAACACGGAGGGAUCAGAUCCAUUGCUGUCCUUUGAUGCAUUUGUUUCCUACAGUGAACAAGAUGCCAGCUGGGUGGAAGACUUUCUGGUACCYGAGAUGGAGGAGCCGAGUGACUCAGACUCAGAGAAUCCAACAUCCCCGCUGACUCUCUGUCUCCACAAGCGAGACUUUCUUCCUGGACACUGGAUCAUGGACAACAUCAUGAGCGCCAUCGAACGCAGUCGUCAUACUAUCUUYGUCCUCUCAGAGAACUUYGUCCAGUCCGACUGGUGCCGCUAUGAACUGGACUUCUCCCACUUCUGGCUGUUUGAGGCCGGCGGAGACGCUGCCAUUUUGAUUCUGCUGGACUCCACCACCUACCUGGAGUGGCCUCAAGAGGAGGAGAGGAGGCCGGAGUUCUGGAGGAGCCUCCGCAACGCUCUGAGAGGAGACAAUGAGCAGGAGAACUAAUCACUUGAUGAUUCCRAUUUACAAAUCUAUACUUGGCUUGGCUCCAGCAUACUUAAACUCUCCUUUACAUAGAUCUGUAAAAAGGGAAGCAAGCAUUCAGUGUGAUGCUCCUUCAGCCUGGAAUCAGCUCCAGUCUGAACUCAAGAUGUCAGAAUUGAUUUCACUGGACUUACUGUAUUUCGAGCGAUUCUUAAAAACAGGCAACAAGAUUCUUUUAAACAGUGUCACUGUUUUUAAAUUAUUUUAUACUGUUUUACACUUGUGCAUAUGUUUUAAUUAAUUUGUAUUUUGYAAUCAGGUUGCUGUGUAUUGCAGACUUCAGCCCAGGUCCCUCUUGAAAAUGAGAUCUAGAACACAAUGGGGCUUACCUGGUUAAAUAAAGGAAAUUUAAAAAAAAAAUACAAAACCAAAAAGAGAAAAGGAAGAACUUGUCAGAGAGACAGUUGAGAAAAGAUUGAGAUGGAUAGCUGCAUGUUGGCCUGUACUGAUGUCUUGUAAAUACAUGCAUGAUAUAUUUGAUUUUUGCUUAAGGGUUUAGUUUCUGUGCCAGGGCGCUCAUGAUCCCAGACAUGGACAUUACCAAGCUCCGCCAGAAACGCCCUUGAAAUUCCCACGUGGCUGCAUGUCUCACAAACAAAGCCUCGCGGAGCUUAGUUUAUAUGUAAACAUGGCGU